UGUUUCUUCUGUGAUGAUCGCUGCUGUAUUGCUUUAUUCUUUAGUAUUUUUAAAUACCCACAACAGAGUGCAUUAACCGAUGGCGUUAAGACAGAUAGAUGACAUAUUUUGAUGAUUAGAAUUUACAUGAGCUAAUCCGAUCAUGAAGACUGACACUUGCUACUGUGGUGAAAAUGUAUCCAAGUUACAAGAACAUGUACUACAGUGCACAAUAUGCAAGAAGAAAUUUCAUUUUGAGUGUCUUAAAACAGGGAGACCAACCCCUCUUGAAGGAGAUACUUUCUUUGCCCUAACUUGUCAGGAAUGCAGUGACACUGGGGAGGAGAGAUGUACCAGACAGAAACUGCAGUGGACCCAGGUUGUUGUGCUGGCACUGUACAAUCUACAGUUACAAGGAGCUGGAAAGUGUGGCUAUUUCCGCUGGAAGGAACAUAUUUGUGCUUUUAUUGAUAAGCACUGGAUUCAUUUAUUUGAUGCCUCAAAAAAGAAGACGUCAACCUGGCAUGGUACAGUUGCUGGUGCCCUGUCUGCAGGCUGCCCUAAAUACUUUGUCUCUGGUCAACUGGAGCUAAAGGAAUCAGGAUGGUGGAAGUUAACAGAGAUGAAACCACUUUCACUUGAUCAAGAGUCGGGCCAGAGACAUGGCAAGAAACAAAAGUUGGACUCUAAGGAAUCUCUGGCAGUAAAAAUGGAAGGUCUGAGAACCAGAGCUAGGAAGACGUCCAUACAAGCUGCAAUUGAACUGAAAGCAAGACGCUCGGUAACACAGGAAGCCAAAGACAUCAGAAAAACUCGUUCCAGCACUGAUUCAGGUACUGAUUUCACAAUGGAUGUUGAUAAACCCAUCAGCAACAUGACUGUUCCACAACCACCAGUGCUGAGAACAGGCAGAACCACCAGGUCCUCAUCAGCUGUCCCCAGUGCACAGGGAGCAGCUUCAGAAGAGAUGGAUGUGAUGGCAGACAGUCAGCAGGAUGCUCUUGAUGCCAUGGGGAAAGGUUCAUGGUUCACUGAAAAAGAUUUGAAACCUCCAGGUAUGAGGUGA